UAAAUGACAAGUACCUCAUAGCAAAAUGGAAAUGGGGGCGAAUUAAAUUAAUUAAUUAAAGUUAUACAUACACAUAGAUUUAAGUUGAACGCUACUGUAAAUUGGCUGAAUUGUUUUUUAUUUUCAAAAUCGUAAUGAAGAAGAAGAAGUAGCAAUCAAUGAUAUGGAUUAACCUAACUUUUGUGCAAGUCUUUUCUGUACAUUAAACGUAUCUAUAAAAGUUAAUGACUUAAACAAUUUAACUAAAAUGGUCAUUUGCAAAUAUUUUCUGCAAGGGAAUUGUCGCUUCGGAACCAGUUGUAAAUUUGAUCACAACAUUGGAGACAAUAUUCAAUCCUAUACAUCAGUGUUAAGACAACAGAAUGCCUCUCAAGCAACUAACGCACCAAACAUUGAUAUUAAUAUGUUGGUACAAUCUGUCUCGAAUGAUAUGCAAGCAGCAGAAAAAGGGGGCCAGUGGCUAUUUUCCUGCUAUGCACCCUUCAAAGAGAAAAGUAAUUUUCCUGGUUUUGAAGAUAAAAGCUUUGAAGAAUUAAGACUUGCUUUUUAUGAAGCUCAAAAGAAUGGAACUUUAGACCAGUAUAAACAACAACUUCAAAUGCUCAUGCAAGAUGUAAUGGCAAAAACAAGGGCCUUACAAAAUCCUUCAGCGGAUGUGGUAAAUAUAAUAAAAAAUAUUUACAAUUCACCAUCAAGCAGUAACACCUCGAGUUCAUUUGGGAGUUCACCUUUUGCUACAACACAAAAUUCGCCUUUUGGGGGGCCCAGAUCUGUCCAGACUGGUAGUUUACUUGGUAACAAUAAACAACAAAGUCAGACCUUCGGUUCUAAUCAGAGCGCAUCUCAAGGAUUUAGCUCUCAAUCUUCAAAGUCCAUUUUUGCUCAAGCCAACCAAAAGUUGUUUGGAAACAGUAAUGCACCACAACAAAGUUCAAUUUUUGGAGGAACACAGCAAGGAAGUGGAUUUGGACAAGUCAAUUCAAACCAAGGUGUAUUUAGAAGCAAUUUAGUUCAACAAAGUCAGCCUCAAAAUUUAGCUUUUAGUAAUACAGGAACUUCUCACCCUUUUGCUCAAAAUUCUCCAUUUGCAACUUCUCAGUUCCAAACUCAGUCAGUGGCUGGUUCAUCCCCUUUUCAAGCGGCUUCUCAACAACCUUUUGGUGCUCAAGUCACUCAAAAUUUUAAUUCCAAUAAACAGUUUGCAAAUGCUACAACUUCCUUGAAUACCCCGACUUCUGUAUCUUCGUUUACAAAUCAACAGCAAAAUUCAGCUUUUAAUAACCCAAAUCAAAAUAUUUUUGCUUCCCAAGUUCAAAAUCAAAUACAACAGCAGAUGCUUAGUGGUCAACAAAUUAAUGUAAAUCAAAACCAAGCUUCAUUCAGUAACCAAAAUCAAACUCAAAACAUACCACCUUUCAGUAAUCAAAGCCAAAAUCAAAAUCAGUCUUCAUUGUUUGGUAAUCAAAAUACAAAUCUAGGAGGAUCUACGACUGGUAAGGCGAUCGCUCAAACAGCAACUCCUUUUUGUUCCACUGCACCUGUUCAUUAUCCAAAUAGUCAGUCUCACUCAAGUAGUAUUUUUAGUUCUACACAAGGGAAUACUGUUGUCGAAAAUGAGAGGGAAGAAAGUUUUUAUUCCAAGCCACAAGAUUUAAGUGAAGAUGAAAGAAAAUGUUUUGAAAGUAGCGAAUUUGAGUUUGGUAAAAUUCCUGAGAAACCACCUGCCAUAAAUUUUUGUUUUUAAUAAGUGACGCGUUUUUGCAUCAUAAAAAUACUAUUGUGAUAUUUUUUUUUUAAUUUUUGGCGUAGUAUAAGUUUCAUACACAUAUAUUUUAAAAAUGUACAAAUGUAUUUUGACUAUUAUUGUUGUGAAUUAAUUACUGUAUUAGACAUUGAAUAUAAAAUAUUUAAAUAAAGAAAUUACUAUUA